GCCAAAAAAAAAAAAAUGGAGCAGAAAUACUCGGUUUUCCCCUUCUCCUUCCAUAUCAUAAUCCUUUCCUUAUUAUUAUUUCUCUGCAACAAUAGGGUUUCAUCAUCUUCUGCUGUCAGAUGCAAUGGUUCAAUAGCUGAGUGCAGUGAAGAUUACGAGUUGUUGAUGGAAUCGGAAAUUAGCGGAAGGAUUCUUGCACAGAAGAAAUAUAUAUCACCAGGUGCUCUGAAGAGAGACAAACCAGUUUGCAAUGGUGGUGGUAGUGGCCAGUCUUACAGUAGCAGUUGUUUGCCUUCCUCCUCUAAUUCUCAAACUCGUGGUUGUUCUAAGUACUAUCGUUGUAGGUCUGAUUCUUGAUUAUUCUAAUUUAUAAGCUUCUUUUCUUUUCUUUUCUUUUGUUUUCAUCAACUUUUGGUCUUCUUUCCUUGUUAUAAUCAUUGUUGAACUUUUUUGUUUUCUUUUCCUUCGUUUUUAUCAUUGGAUUUUAAUAUAUAGAAUCUCUGUUUCAU